AGGGGUUCGGUCCCCCAUUUUCCAAUUCAUUCGCAUUUGAAGAAAAAUCCCAAUCUAUUCGAGGACGACAAUUUUCCUUCGGUUCUCCAGGCCUUCUUCAUCAUCCAGAUGGCUCGUACAAAGCAAACUGCUCGCAAAUCCACCGGCGGUAAAGCUCCCAGAAAGCAGCUCGCUACCAAGGCUGCGCGGAAGUCGGCCCCAACUACUGGAGGUGUGAAGAAACCACAUAGAUACCGCCCAGGGACGGUCGCUCUUCGGGAAAUCCGCAAGUACCAGAAGAGCACCGAGCUUCUAAUUCGAAAACUCCCAUUCCAGAGGCUGGUUCGUGAAAUCGCACAGGAUUUCAAGACAGAUCUUCGUUUCCAGAGCCACGCGGUGUUGGCUUUGCAAGAGGCGGCUGAAGCUUACCUCGUUGGGCUGUUUGAAGACACCAACCUCUGCGCCAUUCAUGCAAAGCGCGUUACGAUUAUGCCCAAAGAUAUCCAACUUGCCAGGAGAAUCCGUGGUGAAAGGGCUUAACCAGCAUCAAUAUAUUUUUUUCUUCAUUCCAAUUUCAACGAUGUGUAAAUUGUGCUUUAUUGCUACAAUAAAAACACAAUCUUGGAUUUUACUCUCUUGAAGUUAUUGUUUUUGGUGUCAACCACAUUU